AACAUAUAAAACAAUGGGGUUUCGUUGGUCUCUUGCUCUGUCAAUCCAUUUUCUACUGCUUUAUUCACUGUUUUCAUUCUCAGUUACUAAUUGUCGUCUUUCUGUUAAUCAUACAAAAUGCCAUGAAGAUGAAAGCUACGCCUUGUUGAAAUUUAAGGAAAGUUUUGUCAUUAGUAAGUCUGCUUCUUAUAAUCCUUUCGGUUAUUCUAAAAUAGCUUCUUGGAAUGCAACCAUAGAUUGCUGCUCAUGGGAUGGUAUUCGAUGUGAUGAGCACACAGGUAAUGUCAUCAACAUUGAUCUUAGUAGCAGCCACAUCUAUGGUACAAUGGAUGCUAAUAGCAGCCUCUUUCACCUCAAACACCUUCAAAGCCUUGAUCUUUCUGAUAAUGACUUUAAUCACUCUCGAAUUCCAUCAAGGAUUGGUGAGCUUCGACAGUUAAGAUAUCUGAACCUUUCUGGAGCCAAUUAUUUUGGUCAAAUUCCACAAGAAGUUUCACAUUUGACCAAGUUGCUGUCUCUUGAUCUGUGUAGUUUAUUCUAUUCACCGGAUCCUGUCAAUCUGUUGAGUUUCAACAUAUCCACUCUAAGAAGCUUAAUUCAAAACUCAUCUAAUCUUGAAAUUAUUCGUCUUAAUUAUGUGUCGAUUUCAUCACCUGUACCUGAUAUAUUCAUAAAUCUUACUUCUUUAAAACAACUCAGUCUUUACAGUUGUGAACUAUAUGGGGAAUUUCCAAUUGGAAUAUUUCAUCUUCCAAGCUUGAGAUCUCUGGAUUUGGGAAAUAAUUAUCACCUCAGUGGUAAACUUCCAAAUUUUAAUUCAAGUGCACAAAUUACCAUGUUGCAACUCACUUCCACAAGUUUCUAUGGUACACUGCCUGCGUCCAUUGGGAAUCUUAAGUCUUUGAAAUAUUUACUAAUUUCACAAUGCAAAUUUUUAGGUUUUAUCCCUUCCACAUUUGGGAACCUCACUGAGCUUACUUAUCUAGAUGUUGGAUACAAUAAUUUCAAGGGUCAUCUUUCUUCUUUAUUGGUAAAUCUCACCAAACUAAGCAUGCUGAGAGCAGGUUUUAAUGAAUUUGUUACUGACACCAUCUCAUGGAUUUGUAAGCUGCCAGGAAUAACUGAUUUAGAACUAGACUUUGUAAAUAUUGGCUUCGAUAGUCCACUCUGUUCUGCAAAUCUCACCCAGCUAUCUGUACUAUCCCUACGUUACACCAAUUUAAGUGGACAAUUUCCAUCUUGGAUAAUGAACCUAACCAGCUUAGGUUACAUGGAUCUUUCAGGAAAUAAUCUUCAGGGAGAAUUAGAGCUUAAUAAGUUUCUAAUGCUCAAAAUGUUGUUUUUUGUUGAAUUAUCUUUGAACAAGUUGUCAUUAAUUAGUGGAAAAAAUUCAUUCAAUGCGAGCCUUUCUCACAUUCAAUUGUUAGGUUUGGGUUCAUGCAAUUUGAAAGAGUUUCCAAAAUUUCUCCAGAACUUGUCUGAGCUGUCAUAUCUUUACGUGUCAGACAAUAAUAUCAAUUCAUUCCCCAGUUGGACCUGGGGGAAAACAAGUCUUCAGAGGUUAUAUGCUUCCUAUAACUCAUUCAUAGGAAGUAUAUCUCCACUGAUAUGCAAUUUGAAAUCUCUUAUGCAUCUUGAUUUAUCAUUCAACAACUUAAGUGGCAUGGUUCCCUCGUGUUUGGGAAGUUCUAUGCAAUCUCUGCAGACAUUGGUGCUCAAAGGAAACAAAUUGUCUGGCCCCAUUCCUCAAAGAUAUAUGGUGGCAAGCAGUUUGAGAAUGAUAGAUCUAAGCAAUAACAAUCUGCACGGUCAACUGCCAACAGAAUUGGUAAAGUGUAGAAUGUUAGAGGUUAUUGAUUUCAGCCAUAACCAAAUUAAUGAUUCGUUUCCAUGCUGGUUGGGCACUCUUCCGGAGCUGAAAGUUGGAGCUUUAGGUCAUAAUCAUUUGUAUGGAUCUAUAAGGUGCCCUGCAACGUUCUCAUUUCCCAAACUGCACAUCAUUGAUCUUUCUCACAAUCAGUUCUCUGGAAACUUUCCUUGGGAAACAAUCCAGAAUUGGAAAUCCAUGAUGGCUUCCAACGAGAGUAGAUUGCAGUAUGAGCUUCAUUCAAACAUCACGUUGUCGGGAAGGGUCAGUUGGUGGAGUAAUGGUUAUAGUUAUUCGCUGACAAUGUUUAACAAAGGGAGUGUCUUGGUUUAUCAAAAUCUCCAGGAGCUUUACUACUUGAUAGCCAUUGAUCUUUCAAGCAAUAAAUUCUCUGGGGAAAUUCCUGUUGUUAUGGGAGACUUAACUGGACUUGUUUUUCUCAACUUCUCCAACAACAUGCUUAGUGGCAGCAUUCCUUCUUCCUUAGGAAAGCUUUCAUACCUUGAAGCAUUGGACCUUUCUUUCAAUAGAUUAUCAGGGAACAUUCCCCUACAGUUGGAAGAACUGACUUAUCUCUCAUACUUGAAUGUGUCCUUUAACAACCUCUCAGGACACAUACCACAACAUAAUCAGUUUGCUACAUUCCAAAAUAGUUCAUUUAUGGGUAACCAAGGACUGUGCGGGAGUCCAUUAUCCAAGAAAUGUGAGAAUGAUGCAGGGUCACCGUUUAUUCCACAUUCUACAUCUGAUGAUGAUGAUGAUGAUGAUAAAGAUUCAGGAUUUUUUGUUGGAUUUAACUGGAAAGUGGUUCUGAUUGGGUAUGGUGGUGGACUUCUUGCGGGAUUGGCACUGGGAUGGACUUUCAGUCAAGAAGUAUUUGAAUGGCUUAAGACUGUUCAUUUGAGUUUUUAUUUUUUCUUAAAGGAAAGGUUUUGA